UCCGUUUUAGAACCCUGGGGAGCGAAUUCUAUCCCUGCCCAAGGAGCAGGGCAAGACAGGACGCUCAGUCUGGGGUACCCGGGUCUCACUUGGUCACCAUGAGUAACCAGGCGCGGACCCCCGCUCCCUCCCCGGCCCAGCCAAACACUCCAUCCCCGACACCAGCUCCCAUCCGAACCACGACCCCCGUCAGAACAGUCCCGGCUCACAACCCGACUCCGGUCCGAACUUCCACCCGGGGCCCGGUCUCGACCCCGGCCCACAACCAGACUCCGGCCCAAACCUCCACCCCGGUCCGGGCUCCUGCCCAGGUCCCGACCUCUCCUCCAGUCCGGUCCCCAACCCCAGCCCCAGCCCCAGCCCCAGCCCCACCCCCAACCCCAACCCCAGCACCGGUGCGGACUCCAGCACCGGUGCGGACUCCAGCACCUGUCCGGGCCCCAGCACCAGUGCGGACCCCAGCACCAGUCCGGGCCCCAGCACCAGUGCGGACCCCAGCACCAGUCCGGGCCCCAGCACCAGUCCGGCCCCCGAAACUAGCCCGAGUCUUGCCCGCGAUCCCUCCGGCGGAGUCCUUGCCGAGCUCGGCCUUACCCGGGGCUCAGCCCUCUUCUUCCAGGCGUGCUAGCUCUGUCUCAAAGGAUCCCAUGCUCGCUCAAAAGCAGGACCCUUCGACCCACAGACUAGCGGAGGCCAUCCAGGGUCCCCUUCCGGUGCUCACUGCCGCGGCCUCAAAGACACUGGCCUCCGUCCGGGACUCCACCACUCAGUUAGACUCCUUGGCCUCCAAUGCCGUGGCCUCCAGUACACUGCGCCCCCCUCCGGACGCCAUCCCUGUACUGGAGUUCUUCGCCACCCAGCUAAGGGAGGCCCCUGCUCUGGGUCGGCUCCCCCCACUUUCCCCAUCACCCAGCUUCGUCUGCACCAAGGAGGUCGCCUCGACCAGCGAGAACGUCCCACCGGCCAACAGAACUUUGAUUCGUGUGAUAUACUGUGGCCUCUGAAGCUAUGGCCUUCGGUACAUCCUUCUGAGAAAGACCCUGGAGCAUCAAUUUCCAAACCUUCUGGAGUUUGAGGAGGAAAAGGCUUCCCAGGCAUCAGGAGAGUUUGAAGUGUUUGUGAACGGGAAGCUGGUUCAUUCCAAGAAGAAAGGUGAUGGGUUUGUGGAUGAGUCCAGUCUGAAGAAACUUAUGGGUGUUAUCGAUGAGGAGACCAAGAAAAGGUAGCAGCAGUAGCGGAUCUGGAGAUGAGUGAGGAGAGGAGCACAAGCAAGGCCAGGAGCCGGUGUGAACGAACCUCAGCAGAAUGAAGAGAAGAGCUGAAAUACUGCCAAACCAGGCCCUUUUCUGAUGGAGGCUGGGGCUCCGUGGGGUUGGGGAAAGUAAAGAAAGUGUAACCUGUU